AGAGAGAGAACACUUGUGUGAAUCAUAUUAUAAAAAUCAAAUAAUGAAAUAGUAUAUAGUAUGAGAGAGAAACUAGAUAUAUAGCAUUUGUUUUUGAUAAAAGAAGAAGAAUCAUCAUCAUCAUCAUGGGAAAAGGAAGAGCACCAUGUUGUGAUAAGAGUCAAGUUAAGAGAGGACCUUGGAGCCCUGCUGAAGAUCUUAAACUCAUUGCUUUUGUUCAGAAAUUUGGUCAUGAAAAUUGGAGAUCUCUCCCUAAACAAGCAGGUCUUCAAAGAUGUGGCAAAAGUUGUCGUUUAAGAUGGAUCAAUUAUCUUAGGCCUGAUUUAAAGAGAGGCAAUUUUACAGUAGAUGAAGAAGAAACUAUAAUAAAGCUACAUAAAGCCUUGGGAAACAAGUGGUCAAAGAUCGCAUCGUAUAUGCCUGGUAGAACUGAUAACGAGAUCAAGAAUGUGUGGAACACACAUUUGAAGAAAAAACUCGUCGUAAAAAAUUCAGAUUCAACAAGCGGAGAUGAAUCCAAAUUAGAGUCAUCAAUAACCUCACCCUCUUCUUCAGAAUCAAUUUCAAACGAGGCACCAAUAAAAGACUCCGAAAAACAAGUUUCCACCAACGAACAUGUUAUCAUUGAUGAGGAUCCUAAAGGGUCAUCAAAUUCAUUGUCUUAUUCAAUCGAGUCUAACAAAAUCUUAAACUCGGGCGAAAUUGUUGACAACAAUAUAGACCAACAACAUUUGAGUUUUCUAGAGUCUUAUGAUAUUGACAAAAUAUUAGAAGAUGUUGAAAAUCUGAACAACUUGAUUGAAAUUCCAUGGGAAUCAGACUAUGAUCUUUGGAAUUUUAUUGACAAUGUUGGUUCUUAUGAUCAAUCAAAUGUUGGUGAAGAGAGUGUUAUGCAAGAUGUUGUUGAGAAUGAGUUUGGAGAAGUAGGUGAAAUAAAGGAGUCAAAGAACAAGGAAGAGGUUCUACCAAAGAAUUAUGAAGUUGACCCUCAUGAGGCAUUUGAUUUCAAUGAUAUUAUAAUGUCUGAUUCUGAAUUAGAUUUUAGUAAUAUUCAAUUGUGGUCCUCUUUUUCUGAAAAUAACAAUAGUCCUAAAGUUUAAUAUACAAACAAAUAGUUUGAAGAGAAAAAAAAGAAGUUUAUAUGAGAUUCAUGAGUUUGUGAUUUACUCAAAGUAGGUAUAUUGACAUUGGCAAAUUAAACAAUGUUAUUAGGUUUCUUUGAUGUAUGAUGGAUUUCAUUUGUAUACUUUUGAAAAUCAUGUUAGAAUAGGUUGUAGCUUGAAGCACAAAUAUGAAAAUGAAUCAAUAAAUAAAAUUUUCUUGA